GUGUUUUGUUCGAAGAAACCCCUUGAAAGCUAAAAAAAAAAUAGAGAAUCCUGUGACAGUGCCGCAAAACCUUGUCAAGGGAUUAUGCAAGUUUAUAAUCCCUUCCGUUACACACAGUUAUUCUGAAAUCUGAUGGCAUGAUGGGGAUCUUUUUUGUUUCUUUAUUUCUGUUGAUGAUUCCGAGCUUGGCAUUUGCGCAGGAUAAUGUUGGAUUAGAAAGUGUACAAAUACCUCCUGGUUUACUUCCUGCGAGACUCGAGUCAGCUGGGGCAGCUGUGGAAAGCAAUGAUGGAGUGAAUUAUGGCGGGUGUUCAGAGAAUGAUAUUCCAGUGGUCGAUAAUGGGAUAUUACAGGCUGCUGACCGAGCUUUGGCUUCUUCUGGAGAGCUUUCGUAUCAGUGCUUGGCAGGAUUUCAAAAUGAUCAAGGGGACAAAUGGACUGUAAAAGUUUCUUGCCAAUUCGAUCCCGUUUCAGCGAGUUAUGUUUGGAACGCGAAUGGGGCAUGUGUUCCUCAACAAGAUGAAGCGAAGUGCGACACAGUUCCAGUUGCUCCAGCGAAUGCCCAGUUGCCGGAAAUGGAUUCCUUGGGUGGCUUGUUGAAAUUUGUAUCCGGUGCAAAGGUUUACUUCGACUGUGUGGACAAGUUUUCGACGUCGGCGGGAGACGGAGUGACGCCUCCGUAUUCUGAAUGUCUGCGCGACGGCUCUUGGUCGCCUGUUCAGCACGAGUGCGUUCUUGCUCAACGGAUCCAGCUUGAUGAGGCUGCCAAGAAGGAAGAAAUGGCAAAGACUGAGAAAGAGAAACAUGCGAGAUUCUUUCAUGCCGAUGAUCCCGCGGGAGCAGAAGCGGAAACUGAUGCCGAACGAUUUGAACACGAUGCGAUCAUUGACCGAUUUGUGCACUUGACCAAUGCCAAAGGUUUACCGCACAAUGAAGAACUGCACAGGCUGGUUCAUCAUGGGCCAGCUGCUGCGAUUGAUGGUGGGGACAUCGAGAACGAUUUUCCCGCGGACGCUGAAUUCGUUGCUAUGGCACCUGGUGGACCUGACGUGCAGCAACCAUUAAUGGAAGACAAGGAAAAGCUGAGACGGGAAGAACGAACUUUGUUGGCGUUGCUGAAGAAACAGGACGAAGUUCUGCAUCCGGAGCGAAAAAAGCGACGUGGCUCGGACAAGAAACGAAAAACGAAACCCAAGUCGAAAAAAGCGACGGUCCGCAAGAUGGAGGAGCACAAAGUUGAUUACACUGAUUCCCAGUGGGCAGAUAUUGAAGGCGAUGGCCCAAAACCUGGCUAUCACGUUGCAGUGAGAAACACGGACGGUCGAUUUGAAAUGAUGCCUAAUAAUCCGAAAAGGUUGCAUGCUUACCAUUCGACGGUCAAGGCAGACAUUGAUCGGAAGAUUAGACGAAUGCAUCAACUUGGUGGAGACGAUCGGGAAGUGAAGACUCCGAGACCCAGACAAGACCAUAACCCGUACUAUGUUUUGUUCCUUGUCCUUGGCACCUUUUUGACAAUGGUGAGCGGUGCAGGAUGUCUCAUCAACCACUACGGACUGCUGGACCUUGACUCAAGCGGAGACGAGUGUCCUCCGAUGCCCAAGUGCAAGUCAGUGAAACGUGAGCAGGCACCAGAGUCAGGAGAUCAGGAAGAGGAUUGUGGGAAACCCUGGUGGGAAUUCUGCUGA